GGCUUGGUGGUUUCCUUAGAGACAGAGUAGGCCCAGGAGGCGGCCACCCAGAGACCAAGACGGUGAGACUCCUGAGAAGUCAAGAUGCCGGCAAAGGACAAGAGGAAAGGCAAGAACAAAGGCAAAGACAAAAACAACUGGAGAUUGUAGAAGGGCAUUCUAUUACUAGUGUGUAAAUCACACUGGAAAGGGACAGCAACUGCUAUGGCAGACUGGAGAAUUGGGAGUGGAGCUGCCCUGCAUUUGAAGAGAACAAACCGGACUAAGACUUGGAAGGUGACAGGGAAAUUAAUGAAAGUGGAUGAACACGUGAUUGAACGAGCUAAGGCCAAUGCCUCUCUUUGGGAGGCCAGAUUGGAAGUCACAGAACUCUCUAGGAUUGAAUAUCGUGAUACUUCCCGAAGACUGGCAAAAAAUAAUGAAGACUUAAAGAAACAGCAGUAUAAAUUGGAAAAAGAUACUAUGUCUGUAUUAAGCUAUUUGAAGAAGCAGGAUCAGGAGAAAGAUAAUAUGAUAGAAAAACUGAAACAGCAACUGGUUGAAACAAAGGAAAAAGCCAAAGAAGAGAAGGAAAAAUUGGAACAUAAGUAUACUAUGCAGAUAAAUGAAUUGGAGGGACAGUUUCAUCAAAAAGCCAAAGAAAUUGGCAUGAUUCAGACUGAGCUAAAGACAAUGAAAGAAUUCCAGAAGAGAAAAAUCGUAGUGGAAAAAGAAUUAGAUGAGCUGAAAGAAAAUCUAAGGAACUCAGAAAAAAAACAUCAGGAGACUCUUAAAAGACUAGAAAGCAGAUUUUUUGAAGAAAAGCACCGUCUGGAACAAGAGGCUGAGAAGAGGAUAGUAAUGCUGGCCGAGAGAGCCCACCAUGAAGCUAUGAUGCAGUUGAGCACUGCUGGAAGAAAUGUUUUUAAAGAGAACGUGUAUCUUCACAAGGCUCUUACAUAUCAUUUGAAGGAAGCUGAAACACGACAGAAAACCUCCGAGAAGUUGCAAGAAAGUCAUUCCUGCCUUAUGCAUCAAAAGGAAACCAAUGAGCUGUUGAUUAAGGAAAAGAUUAUGCAACUUACCCAGCAGAAAUCACAAAUUCAAACUCUUCAGAAGAAGGUGUUAAGCUUGGAGAAUGCGCUGACUUACAUGACCACAGAGUUUGAGGCUGAAGUUUUCAAACUGCAGCAAAAGGCAAUUAUAGAGAACCAAGCAGGCAAGGUAGAAAUUGACAAGCUGCAGUAUCUUCUUGAGAUGAAGGACAAGGAAAUGAAUCGAGUGAAGAAGCUGGCUAAGAACAUCCUGGACCAGAGGACAGAAGUGGAGCAAUUCUUUCUAGAUGCUCUGAACCAAGUGAAACAGCAGAUUCUGAUCAACAGGAAGCAUUACAAGCAGAUAGCACAAGCUGCUUUCAAUUUAAAAAUGAGCGCAGCAUGUGCGGGAAGAACAGAAUACCCCAGAAUCAGGACCUUUGAUGGCAAAGAACACAGUACCAACAGUGUGAAUCAUGAUCUCAUGGAGGCUGAGAAAUGGCCAAGCACUCAAAAAAAUGUGGAUAUUAGAGAUUUGACCUGGGAGCAAAAGGAGAAAGUCUUGAGAUUGCUUUUUGCAAAAAUGAAUGGUCUUGCUGCUAGGAAAUACAGGUCGAGUUCUAAGCCUCCUGUUCCAGACUAUAUUUCUGACAGUGGAGAAAUGAAAGAAACUGGGGGUGAAAUUAACCUUCCAGAUCAAACCUUCAUCACCCAGCAAGCUCCAGUAUCAGACUCCAAUAAAAUGAUGUCACCGAGUAUUAUUUCUAACGGAUUACAGGACUCUGACAUAGUAAGGAAUCUGCUAUUUAGUCAGACAGUACACCACUGGUACCUUUCACUAUGUGACAUCUUGCUAGUUCACAGUUCUCUACUAUCCAAACAGCUCUUAGGGACAGAUUGUAGAAAUUUUUAUAACAAUGUCCAUACUAAUAAGGCAGCAUAUUAUAUGUACCUGGAGAACCUAUUGAUUCCUUUCUGAAAUAGGCAGCUUAAGCAAAAUCUGUAUUGUGUUACUACUAUUGUUGGGGAUGAUGAAUGAACCUUUGUUCCUCCCUAGGAGCUUCCCCUAGGCAUCCUGUCUGUUAUAGAAGUACAGACACACUAUCUUUGCAAUUCUUGGCUUUGAGGAUAGGUCAGAAGCACAAAUCACUAUAACCUAGAGAACAAAGGAAGGAAAAGACUUUUUUUUCCCCAAAACUGUGUCCCCCCCCCAAGGGCUUUUUAUUUGUACUUGGUUAUACAUAAUUAGUACACAAUCUGACAAAAUUCAAAUGAAGUCAUAAAAGAACAAGAAGGGAAAAUGCUGGUUUUUUGUUUUAGUGACACUAACCUGACUAUGAUGGCAGAUUUCAUCUAGGAAAUAAGAAACUCUUUGAGCACAGGCAGCUUAGAGUGGCGAAGUUCUGAUCAGUUGGUGUUUUUAAAAAGUAACUUCCAAGUCUCUGUGACUACAUUCUACUUGGAAUUCAGAUAAUAAUCACUUUUCAACCCAACCUAGUUAUGAACUGUUGAAUUAGUUGAAUUAGUUAUGAACUGUGUUUUCUAAGAAAUCAAAGGGCAUUGUAAUCACAAACUACAAAUUUCUCCUUGGCUUUAGGAUGGAAAACAAAAAAUCAGAGUUGUGUUUUGUUAAAGUGACUGAAGGCUCUGAAUUCUACCAGAGGUGGACACACUAAUAAUCUUAAAAUUCCUACAGAGUAGGAUUUCUAAGGUUUUUCACAGCCUUUAUUUUAACUCACCAACUAACCCUAUGGACUAGAACAGCACUGUCCACAUGACUGUACAGAGCAGUGUAGUCAAUGACCAGCACCACAUCUCACUAUGCGCUGGAGAUUGAGCUAGCAGAGCCAGCAGCCAUCUAGUUCAGAAAGCCGGGCUUCAGACAGGAUAGACAGACAGACAGAAACUAUUGUAUUCUGCACAUCAGUCUCUUCUGACUUCAGAGUUAGAGCAUCAGAGAAGCAAGUUAAAGGCUGUGAACAAGUGGUGGCACUGUCAAAGCAUGGAAACUUAAGUUUCUUGU